UAUCACUUGAAUGAAUCAGCUGUAUUGGUUGGUUGUGUGUGCAUGCAGACAUUCUUAUUAUCGAUAAACUGAUAAUUAUUCGAUCACAUUGAUUUUUUUUUAUAAAAUUCGACAGAAAAUAAAAUGUCUCAAAUGAAUAGUAAUGAUCCACGACGUCCAGAUCGAGUUCAAAGAUAUAAACCAUUACCGGCUGGUUGUAUCGGUAGUCCAUCUGAAGAUCCAACACCAGAUUAUAUGAAUCUUCUUUCCAUGUUGUUUUCUAUGUGCGGUCUGAUGAUGAAAUUAAAAUGGUCAGCAUGGAUUGCUUUGUUUUGUUCGGCCAUAAGUUUUGCCAAUCUUCGUAUGCACGAUGAUUUUAAACAAAUAUUUAGCUGUUUUAUGCUCUCAUUUUUGGCCGUAGUCAUGACAUAUCUACAGAAUCCAUUACCAAUGACAUUACCAUUUACAAAUUAAUCAAUUGAUUGAUUGAUUCAAAGUAAUAAUAAUUGUUUUUAUUAUUCAAAAUUGGGUAAAAACAUUC